CACCGAUCGGGGUACGUCGCGAUCGUGGGCCGGCCAAACGCCGGGAAGAGCACGCUGCUCAACCAGCUCGUGGGCACCAAGCUCUCCAUCGUGACGUUCAAGCCGCAGACCACCCGCCACAGGAUCCUGGGCAUCGUAAGCGAGGACCACUACCAGAUGGUGCUGCUCGACACCCCCGGGGUGAUGAAAGAGGAGUUCAACAAGCUCGACGAGAUGAUGCUCAAGUCGGUCCGCAACGCGAUGGCCAACGCGGACGUGUUGCUGGCGAUCGUGGACGCGACGCGCGACCCGUACGGCGCCUUCGAGGGUCUCCUGCCCGAACAUCGCGCCAACCCUGCGCCUCUCGGCGUGAUAAUCAACAAGUGCGACUUGCUCCAGGUUGACGAGAUCCGCGAGGUUAAGGAGUACUUUGAGGGGAUCCCGGGGGUGGAGAGGGUGUUCCCGGUGAGCGCGCUCGCGGGGGUGGGCCACGACGCGGUGCGAGAGUGGGCGUUGACCCACCUCCCCGAGGGCCCGACGCUGUACCCCAAGGACACGAUCAGCGAACACCCGGAGCGAUUCUUCAUCGCGGAGAUUAUCCGCGAGAAGAUUUUUUUGCAGUACCAGCAGGAGGUGCCGUACAGCACGCAGGUGUGGGUGGAGUCGCACAAAGAGCGCGACGGGGUGAAGAAGGACUUGAUCCUCGCGAAGAUUUUCUGCGAGCGCAAGAGCCAGAUGGGCAUCUUGAUCGGAAAGGAGGGACGCGCGCUGAAGGAGCUGAGCACGGCGGCGAGGCUCGACAUUGAGAAGUUUUUGGGCAGGCCGGUGUUCCUCGACCUGGGCGUCAAGGUGAGGGAAGGUUGGAGGAGCGACGAGGGGUCGCUCGAGGACCUCGGC